GGAAGUAAAGCUGCAUUUUGGUUCCGGGCCGCGGUGCUGAUGUGGCUGCUGUUUGCUUGAAAGUGGCCGAGUGUCGGGCGGUCACUCGAGGCCGACUCGGUCACCGCCGCUUUAUCCUCUGACCGACAGCUUCCGACGCACUCCUGCAAACCGGCUUCCCGCCAGGGACGCGGCGGACACUUGGUGGCGGCGGCGGCGCAGAGAGAGCAGUUCGGGUAAAACUUGGGGAGACGCAGCGGGCCCACAUCAUCAGAUCCCUGAUCCCGGAAGGCUGGAUGGGCUCCCACCAUGUUGAGUCGCCUGUCUGACCUGGCAAAGGGAGUCAACACUGUGCUGCAGGACCUCUCUGGGGAAGAUGAUGGAAAUGCGACAAAUGCAUCCCAAGGAGCUGAGACCAGUCACCAGUCUGAACUGGAGAUCAGUGGUGAGGCAUCAUCAGAAGAUGUGGUGGAGCGCCUGGCACACACUGAACAGUUGGUCAUUCAACUUAAGGAAAUUAUACGUGAGAAAGACACUCAACUUCAGAGUAAAAAUGUUGCAUUAAAGGAGAGAUAG